GUCUGAACCUUUUGGUUGGCGGCCUAGAUGUGAGAACCGCCCGCCCUUCCUGCGAUAGGAAACUCGCACUGACGUAAAGAAACCAGAGCGGACAGAGCCCAGUGUUAAUUAAGCUCUUUACUACCACUGUUUUACUGAAACUAUACGUCCUCUCACAUUCCUGUCUCACUUAAUUAUCCGCGUUUGGUGACUAAUCACAGGGCGGACAGGAAAACACAGCUAGCGAGAGCGACAGACGAGAGGAAAAUAAGCAGUGUUUCACCUGGAUUUUGGCAUGGCUGAUCUGCUGAGGCUGCUGCUCCGGGUGGCUGAGAAAGCGGCUAACGUGGCUCGGGUCUGCAGGCAGGAGGCUCCCCUCUUUCAGCUCCUCGUACAAGAGAAGACCGGAGAUGACAAGAACAAGAAGUUUGUCCAGGACUUCAAGACGCUUGCCGACGUGGUGAUCCAGGAGAUGAUCCGCCAUGAUGUUGGUGCUCAGUUCCCUGAGAUGGCGAGCUUCAUUCAUGGAGAGGAGUCCAACAAAUUUGAAAAUGGGCUUGGAGAGAGUGUUACGGUCACAGUGUGCGGUACAGAGGAGGAGACCGCCACGCUGCUGGCCUCGGUGCUGGACGGUGACCGCACGGCGGCGUCUCUGCUGGCUCGAGCCAUCCACCAAGACCCAGCGACCAUCGACGCCAACACUGACGGUUUGACGGUGCCCCUCAGCCCCUCUGAGCUCGGCAUCUGGAUCGACCCCAUAGAUGCCACCAGUCAGUACAUAGAGGGCCGAGAGGAGGUGCUAGUGGAGGGCCACCUGUUUCCUUCAGGUCUGCACUGUGCUUUGGUCUUAAUCGGGGUUUAUCUCCGGAGCACAGGCGAGCCCGUCAUGGGCGUCAUCAACCAGCCGUUCAACUACAAAGAUCCAGCCAGUGGAGGAUGGCGGGGGAAGCAUUUCUGGGGGGUGUCCUGUGGCAGCGUCAACGUCUGCUCGGUGUCCCGGCCAAAAGAUGGACCUGGAGGGGGGCUGUCUGUGGUGCUGAGCUCCAGUGAGAAGCAGGUGGUGAAGGAAGCCCUGACCUCACUGUGCGGCCCUGACAAGCUGAUGUACGCCUCUGGAGCCGGCUACAAGAUCCUGUGUGUCAUUCAGGGCCUGGCUGAUGUUUAUGUCCUCUCAGAGGGAAGCACCUUUAAGUGGGACUCCUGCGCUCCUCACGCCCUGCUCCGAGCCCUCGGAGGGGGAGUGGUGGACCUGAACAAGAGUCUACAGUCCAGCUCUGGAGCACAGCAUCAGCAGACAGAACUGACCUAUCACCAGCCUUACACUGACUGUAAAGGAGCAGACCGCUGGGCUAACCAUGGCGGCCUGGUGGCUUAUCGAGACUGUUCUCAGCUGCGCAGCAUCAUGGGAGCUCUGAAAGGCAAGCUGUAGUUGAAAGAGCAGUGAAUGAAAGCUGAAGCUGAAGUUAUUGUUGCAUUUAUGAUCAUAUUCAUGUUUUCUAUAUUAGUAGCGAGAGAAGGAUUGGAGUACAGGAUGAAGGAUUUUAAUUAUAAAUAAUACUGUCUUAUUUUUAACCAGAUAUAUUUGCAUAUUGUAUAUAUUACAAGAUGAACAUCUGAUCUGAGCCAAGUAAUUUUUUCAAAUGAGCGGUUCUGGAGGGCGUAAAUUAGGGAUUUAGGUGCAUAAACAGGGGGGAAAACAUGGAGCUAAACAACACUUGAAUUAGCCUGAUUCAUUUGGGAACAAUAAACAAACGAGUGCUAUGAUCCUCACAAGGCUGUCAAGUUUCAGGUUAGAAAGGCAAAAUGACAUGUAAAGUACAAGAAUUCCCUUUUUGAAAGGUCGGAAAAAAGAAAAACAGGUGAUGCUUAUCAAUCAAAUCUCUCGAGUUCAUUGUCAGUGUACCAAGAGAGCCUUGUGUCUUUUUGGUUUCAAAAAACACACAAACAUGCAGUUUAUGUUCCAAGUAUUGUUAUCAGUUGAUGUGCCGGGGGGAACCACUGAUCUACAGAUUACCAGAUGAGUGAGACAAUGCAAUAGACAGCAGAACGUUUAGACAAUCACAAGGAGGAUUCUCAAAGUUGUCGAGCUGUUGUCAAGCUUUAUUUGUGAAUUUUGUUUAGCUCAGACCCGAUAAUCAUUCAUUAAACAUUGCUAAGCUUUGUAACAGUUUGUCUACAUGUUGCAUAAAGAAAAGUUUUAUAUUAGUUAAAAGAAAGUACAGUGCUCACUGCUGGCCAGCUGAGGAACGCUUCACUGCCAAAGGAAAGGAAAUGUGGCAUCACAAGACUGCUUCAGACUGAUCUGAGGGAUUUUUCUUGGAUUUAAAGGAGUCUGACUGCAGUUAUGAAAAGUGAUAUUAAAUUUUUUUUCACACCAUCUAACCUGUAAAAGGUUAUAAUAAGUCAAGUGAGUGAAUGAGACUCAAAUGAAGCCGUGUGCAGGAAUCUGCACCUCUCUGAAACAACUCCUUUUUAAGGAGCAGACUGAUAGACAUGCCUUGCCCUCUUUCCAUGGCUACAGCACCGUUAGUUAAUAAGGUCAGAGAAUGGAAAAGCCGUAUGAGGUGAAAUAGUGACACAGAGAGCCUUUUUCAGUGUGGAUUUACAGUCAAAUGAAAUAUGAAGCCUAUUUGAAGGAUGCAGGCUAACGAGCUCCUCUAAAGGACUGAAACAGAUUCUUAUCAAGAUGUUUGCAAUGAUGAUGUGUAACCUUACUUUCACUGUCACUGUAUAUGUUUAAAGUGGUAUAACUGAUGUGCAUUGUUAAGUAACUGGGAAAUCAUCAGUUAUGUAUACUGAGCAUAAAACAGAGCAACAAUGUGCAUAUAGGAAAUCAUCUUUAUUUUGAAAACCAGAGAAAGCAGGGGAAAGAAACCCAACAGUGAUAUUUUAAAACUGUUUGCCAGCCAGGGAACUCGCAUCACAAUUCCCUACAAAAAACCCUGAUGAUUGUCAGAUAUUUUUUGCAAUACUUCUGCAUAUUCUGUUAACAUGAAAAGAAAAGAAAAAUCUGUA